ACGACUAACCCUCCCCACCGGAUGGUUCCUGCAGCAUAGAUGGCCCGGACCAGCUCACCCUUCCUUCCCACCGAGGGUAGAGCUUUGUGUCUCAUCUGCUUCAAAAGGAGGAUUUGAGAAGGAGCCCAGUAGAUCGUUUUCAUUAAACGCUAUACGGAACACCCUGUACCGAACAGGCAUCUUAUUCACCGGAAAAAGAACAAUGGAUAUCAUUGCUAACGCAGAUUCUUACAUGGAUGACAUCUUUUCCGAUUACUAUGACAAGGCUGCUAGCAUGACUGACAUUUCUACUACAUACAUGCGAGAAGGCGCUCACACUCGUGUUAACCUCCUGACCAAUAACAUUUCCAAGGGACCCUGCGCUCUGUGUGGGAUGGGAAACUCCAAAAGAGAGACUGUAUAUGGCUGCUUCGAGUGCUCGUCCAAUGGCCAGAAGUACGUCAGGCUGCAUGCUGUACCUUGCUUCGACCUGUGGCACAAAAGACUGAAGUGAUCAUUGUACGUGACACGUUUGUGCCCCUAUGUCGAUUCUCAGGUGAACCUGUGCCACAGCUCCCGUCACAUAUAUGCAAAAAGUACUCCUUCGACUACUGAACCAUGCAAGGUGCUCUGUGACUAUACUGUUUAAUGGUCAAUGAUUCAGACGGCCAAUAAGCAAACAGUGUCAAAUGGACUUAUAAACUACUAAUCACAAAAAAUAAGAAGUAGACAAUGCCAGCGUUUCGAUGCAGAACAAAAUCCUAAAUGGUAAAAGGAACCUCCUAUAGUUAUGGAGGUAGCAGAGGUAGCGGUCGCACCGGGGCCCUGGUUCCUCAGGGGGCCCCAAAGCACAUCUGUCCCAUUAGAGACCAGUAAUAUAUUUGGCAUAUGGGGCCCUGUUGCAGAUUUUGCAUCGGGGCCCAGAAGCUACAAGCUACGCCUCUGCCUCCCAUUGUAUUCAUACAUUAGGGAGACUCCAUGAGUUGAUCUUGCUAGUUGGCAUUAGAAGCAGACCUGGCCACGAGAGGUGGUCUCCUUCUGUAUGCCAGUGCUGGUUGUGUGUAUUAGUUUUGUCCCUAUAGAUGGUCAUCAGUUUAUUUUUUAUUUUUUUGUACAUUGCAGUGAAAUUAAAG